AUGAUACAAGCAGCAAAGAUCCUCGAACAGAGAAGCCACUUGGCACCUGGCAAGCUCAAGAUAACAGAGCACUUCUUCGAAGUGCCUCGUGAUUAUGCCAACCCCACCUCAGGCACCAUCCAACUGUUCGCCCGCUCCGCCCUCAAGGCUGAAAAGCCCGCCGAUUACAGUCCAAAGGGCGAAAUCGAUGUCAAAAAGUCACAGUUGCCAUGGUUCAUCUACCUUCAAGGUGGUCCCGGCUUCGAAUGUGCCAGCCCACAGCACGUGUCCUGGACGCAAACCAUUCUAGAUAAAGGCUAUCAAGUGUUGAUGCUAGACCAACGCGGUACUGGGCUGUCGACGGCCAUCAGUCAAAGUAGUUUGCAAUUGCGAGGCGACGAGAAAGUUCAAGCGGAAUACAUGAAAUCCUUCCGUGCAGACAGCAUCGUAAAAGACUGCGAAGCCAUCCGUAAAGCCCUUACAGCAGAUUACCCCGAGGACAAGAAGAAAUGGUCAAUAAUGGGCCAAUCCUUCGGCGGCUUUUGCUGUACAACGUAUCUCUCUUUCUACCCUGAAGGCGUCAAGGAAGCGUUUCUUUUCGGUGGUUUACCGCCGCUGAGGAGUAAUCCGGAUGAGAUAUACACACGCCAAUACACGCGCGUCAAGCAAAGAAAUGAAGAGUACUACGCCAAAUAUCCCGAGGAUAUCGACCGUGUCAAACGAGUGAUUAAGCUGCUGAGCAGAUUCGGCGACACGACCGUCCGCGUCCAGGGCGGCGAAGGGUAUCUCAGCGCGAGGCGCUUCCAGCAGCUUGGACUCUUCUUCGGCGCGCACGGUGGUUUCGAUACUGUUCACAACCUUGUCCUUCGGGCUGACACAGAUCUCAGCCAAUUCGGACACCUGACGCGACCAACCGUGUUGGCGAUAGAGCAAGCGCAGAGCUGGGACACGAAUGUCAUCUACGCUUUGUUGCACGAGCCGCUGUAUUGCCAGGGAGAAGGCGAAGCAGCAAAUUGGUCGGCUGAGCGGCUGCUGAAGAACUUCCCGGAAUUCUCGUUGCAGCAUCUAGAUACCCAUAAGCCCGUCUUCUUCACAGGCGAGAUGAUCUAUCCCUUCAUGUUUGAAUGCUACCCCGAGCUCAUCAAGAUGAAGGCCGUGGGACAUCUACUCGCGGAAGAGAAGAAUUGGCCGAGACUCUACGACGAAGAGCAAUUGCGCAAAAAUGAAGUCCCCACGUAUGCAGCUGUAUACUUGGACGACAUGUACGUCGACUAUCAUCUGAGCAUGGAAACAGCAAGUACCAUCAAAGGGUGCAAGCCGUUUGUCACGAAUAUGAUGUACCAUAAUGCCAUUCGCGCGAAGACGGACGAUGUACUGAAGGAACUCUUUACCUUGAGAGAUGAUGUUAUGGACUAG